AAAUUGUUUCCCCCGGUCACAUAUCACAGGGGCGCACAUUUUGUUGUUGUCAAAAGAUUUUCCACGUUGUUAGGUAGUUCGAGCAUGAGUGUGGCUUCGGAGACAGAUUGUAUCUUUAUUUAACUCAGUAACUAAGAGGCAGUAUGGUUGGAAAGAUAAAGCGGGUCCGCGAAAAGCUUCAUCAGGCUGCGGUUAAACUUGACAGUCCACCGUUCGGUGGCGCAAGAUCCACAGAUUUAGAAAAGGCACCGAUUCCUGUGAUUACAAGUGGUUCGUUCAUUUUCGAUGUAAGCAAGACAAACAAUGCACAGCUGCACAAUAAGAAGGAUGAAAACGCGAAGACCCCACUGAGUUCCUUUCCAAGUGGAAUCUUUGCUGGAACACAAAUCAGCCCUGAAGCCCUCGUGCAAACUCUGAAGUUUGAAGAACCAUCCAAUGACACUGGUCCACCUGCACAGAAAGUCCCCGAGGAGAAGAAGCAGCAGACAAAGAAAGAGAAGAUGAAGGAGAGGCGAGACAGGUGGCUAAACAAGAUCAGCUCCAUCAAGCUGGCCAAGGAGCAACAAGUGGCCCAGGCUAAGAGGGCGGCUAUGCCCGUUGUGGGUGACAUGAGGCCGCUGGCAGACGCCCUACCAGAACUCUGCCAGCUCAUCCCCUCCACCACCAAGACCUCCAGAAAGGCCUCCAGAAAGAAUAGGGUGCCAGUGAAGAAGAAGCCAGAACCAACAGACUUCAGCCUGAUGAAGCCAGCCCAAAAACGCAAACUCCUGGAGAGUGAGACCAGCCGCUUUAGUGAAGCCGUGAAGAACCUGGCACACAGCAAGACUAACCCUCUGGCAGCUAUUGGUGAGCAUCUGAGGAAGAGACUGAAGCAGGAGGAGGAGCAGGGGCCUAGCUAACCUGUUCGACUGGAGACGCCAUUUGGAUCUGCAGUUGAGCGCCCCCCCCCCCCCCCCCCCCCCCCCCCCCCCCUACCCAGAGACGGGUCGUGUUUGAGAUCGACUACGUUGCAGUCGGUAACUGCAGACUAGCUGACUGAUCUAGAAAUAACCUUGCAUCCUAAAUAACUACUUACUAUAAUUUGUAGAUCAGUCAUAAAUUGAUGCUUUCGAACACGGCCAUGACACAAGAAAGCCCCUGCCUUUUUAUUUAAGGGAAACCCUGAUGCCUUCAUCUGUGCCCAAUCUACCAAACCUGCCAAAAUCAAUGAGAUCUUUUGAUUGAAGUGGUUUUGGUCAUUGUGCACUAUACCAGUAAAACAUCAGAGGACUUACAAGUAACGGCAAUGUUUACAACCCCUAAUUAGAUCAUGCCCCCAGUUCUGGAGAAGUUGAAAAUGAAGUUACUUUUGUGGAUGAGGAAAAACAAACUGAUGUUGUAAAUGUUGAGAAUAGAUCUGUCAUCAAAAUGACUCCUUUCGAUUUUUGUACAGUAUCUCUUCCACAUUUCUUUUAGGCGAUAUUAAAAAUGCAAUACAGUA